GGGACCCCAGGGGGAGGAAGAGAGCUGAUCCACCCCAAAAGCCCAGACACUGGAACAAGAUGGCAGGGACCAGUCCAGGAGCCCGCUUCUACAGGCAGAUAAAGAGACACCCUGGGCUCAUCCCGAUGAUUGGCUUCAUCUGCUUGGGCAUGGGCAGUGCUGGAUUCUACUUGCUGCGGUUGGCCCUGCGCAGCCCCGAUGUCUGCUGGGACAGAAAGAACCCAGAGCCCUGGAACCGCAUGAGCCCCAAUGAGCAGUACAAGUUCCUCGCUGUUUCCACUGACUACAAGAAGCUGAAGAAGGACCGGCCGGACUUCUAAGCCAGCGCCCAAAGGUUCCCUACAUAGCACUCUUCCCUGCCGCAGACCCUGGGGCGUCAGGCUAGCAACACAGUCCAGCCUCUGCUUACACAGGCUGGAUUCCCACGAAGACGGGAGGCGGCUCCACCCCCACCCUCCUCCCUUGCUCCCAGUACAGGAAGAGCCUCUGACCCUCAGCUUAAAUCCCACGUGGGGGAGGGGAAUCAAACUGCAGGCAACAGCGGGGAUUGACCAAAAAGGCCAGGCCAACUCCCCUCUCCUCCCCUCCCCGCCCCAAAGCCUGGGCUGGGCGUGGCACGGGCUACGUGUUGAUCGUGUCUGACGUGUGCCAGCAGCAAGCAGGGGCCUGAGUGCCAAGGGAUGUGGGGCCUGUCGCUGCCACGUUACUGCAAGUUUUGAACAAGGUCUAGGGGCAGUGUCUGCCUGGGCUCAUCCUGGCUACCAGCCUGCCCAGAAUGGGGUCCCUCUGCCACGCAGCACACCUCUUUCCUGUCCAAGCCUGCGGCCUCCCAUCAAUGACACCCCCCACCUUGCACCUGGGCCUUCCUCACCCUCCCUUCCCUUGCUCCUCUGUCCCUGGGGAUCAAACAGAGGCAGCCGUGGGCAAAAUACAAUUUCAUUUAACAAAUUGAA